AUGAUAUUCAAACUACCGUCGAUUAUCUUCAAGAUAUACUUGGUUUCUUUUAUAAUAUGGGUUUUUCAAACGACAAUCAUUCCCCAGACAUUAACUAAAUAUACCAACUUAGAAAUUAAGCAACAAGUUUUCCAUGGUCCAAUAUAUCCUUAUACUUCAUUAACUAUUCCAAAGAAAUUCCCAAUUGUCAACUCAACUAUUACUUUGGUUAUAGCUCAUCCAGAUGAUGAAGUUAUGUUUUUCAGUCCUUCUUUAAUUGAAUUGAAUAAAGAAAAGUAUAAUAAUGAAGUUAAUUUAAUUUGCUUUUCUAAUGGUAAUUUCAUCGAAAGUAUGGGUCUAAUACGAAGACGUGAAUUAAUGAAUUCUGCAAGAAUAUUGGGUGUGGAUAAUGUUAAAAUUUUGGAUUAUAAAGAUGGAAUGAAUGAAACUUGGAAAGUUGACGAUAUUGUUAAAUCUUUGGAAGAUAAUGUAAUUAAACAUGAGGAUAAGCAAUCUGUAUUGAUUACUUUUGAUGAUCAAGGGGUUUCAAAUCAUCCUAAUCAUAUUUCAUUAUACCAUGGAACUAAGGAAUAUGUUAGUGAAUUAAGGAAAGCUAAUGAUACAAAUACUAAACUUUAUGUAUUGAAGAGUUUGAAUUUUGUUGAAAAGUAUAGUUUUACAAUUUUGAGCAAUAUUGAAUUGUUCAUUGAUUAUUUAACAUUGGCAAUUAAAAACUACAUGAAUAUUAACAUAAAUGUCAGUUUCUUUGGAAACAAAAUACUCAGCAAAGGAAGCAAUGAUAUUAAAUUUUACUCCGAUUUGAAUAUGUUGAGUAUCAGUUAUGGUGCCAUGGCAUAUGGACAUUUCAGUCAAAUGGUCUGGUUCAGAUAUGGUUGGUUAUUUUUAAGUAGGUAUUUGACAUAUAAUCAUCUUAUAGAACAAUAA